AUGCUUCAUCAUCCACAGUUAUGUGCUGCCCGUCAUACUUCAUUACCUCAUGAACGACAGUGCUCGGUACUGCCCGUCAUACUUCAUUACCUCAUGAAUGACAGUGCUCGCAAUAAAGUCAAAAUUUCUUCUAAGCAAUAUUUAGAAGUAACGAAUCAUAGCAGCAAUGCUCUCUUCCAGGUCUAUAUUACUGAUACUUCUGCUGUUACUAGAACUACUAUCCCUGCAAAAACUUCUCCUGUUACUAGCAAUACUAUCCCGGCAGAUACUUCUAUUGUUACUAGCUCCACUAUCCCCAAAGAUACUUCUAGUAUUACUUGCACUACUAUCCCUGAAGAUACCUCUAUUGUUACUAACGCUGCUAUCCCUAAAGAUUCUUUUAUUGUUUCUAGCACUUCUAUCCUUGCAGAUAUUUAUAUUGUUAAUAGCACUACUAUCCCUGCAGAUACUUCUACUGUAACUAGCACUAAUAUCCCUGCAGAUACCUCUAUUGUUACUAGCUUUACUAUCCCUGAAGAUUCUUCUACCAUUUUUAAUGUUACUAUCACUACUAGCCUUGAAGAUACUUCUACUGUUACUAGCACUAAUAUUCCUGCAGAUAUUUCUACUAUUACUAGCAUUACUAUCCCCGAAGAUACUUCAAUUCUUAUUAGCCCUUCUAUCCCUACAGAUACUUCUACUGUUCCUAGCACUACUAUCCCAGAAUAUUAUUCUUUUGUUACUAGGACUACUAUCCCUUCAGAUACUGCUACUGUUACUAGCAAUACUAUCCCUGCAGAUAUUUCUACUGCUACUAGCACUAAUAUUCCUAGAUUCUUCUUCUGUUACUAG